GGGAGCGAGGGACGAAUGGAAAACCCCGGCGGCUUUUGGAGCUUAUCCCGUCAGGGAAGGAUCCGUAUUUUGUUGAUUUUUGGGAAUGAUUCCAUAAUUCCACGGUUCCUCGGGCUGAAACUUCCCGUUUUUCCCUUCGUUCCAGAGAAAGCCGCGGACGACGACGUCCAGAAAUCCGACAUCUCCUCCAGCAGCCAGGGCGUCAUCGAGAAGGAAUCCCUGGGACCUCUGCUCCUCGAGGCCCUUGACGGUUUCUUCUUCGUGGUGAACCGGGAGGGGCGGAUCGUGUUCGUGUCGGAGAACGUGACGGGAUAUUUGGGAUACAACCAGGAGGAGCUGAUGAACACCAGCGUCUACAGCAUCCUGCACGUCGGAGACCACGCCGAGUUCGUCAAGAACCUGCUCCCCAAGUCCUUGGUGAACGGGGUGCCGUGGCCUCAGGAAGCGAGCCGGCGGAACAGCCACACCUUCAACUGCCGGAUGCUGAUCCGGCCCCCGGAUGAGGCGGGCACGGAAAACCAGGAAGCGCGGCAGCGCUACGAGGUGAUGCAGUGCUUCACCGUGUCCCAGCCCAAAUCCUUCAAGGAGGAGGGAGAAGAUUUCCAGUCGUGUCUGAUCUGCAUCGCCCGGCGACUGCCCCGACCCGCCGUCACCCCUCCGGAAUCCUUCAUCACCAAGCAGGACACCACAGGGAAAAUCAUCUCCAUCGACACCAGCUCCCUGCGCGCCGCCGGCAGGACGGGCUGGGAGGAUCUGGUCCGGAAGUGCAUCUACGCCUUCUUCCAGCCCCAGGGCCGGGAGCCGUCCUACGCCAAGCAGCUCUUCCAAGAAGUGAUGACCCGCGGCGCCGCCUUCAGCCCCUCGUACCGGUUCACGCUGAGCGACGGGACGGUGCUGAGCGCCCACACCAAGUGCAAGCUCUGCUACCCCACCAACCCCGAGGUGCAGCCCUUCAUCAUGGGCGUCCACGUCAUCGACAGGGAUCACGGGAUGCUCUCCCCGCCGGACAACCCCGGCUCCGGCAUGUCCCUGCCGCGCUCCGGCCCCGCCCUGACCCCCAACGUCUCCCCGGGGCCGGGAAUGGCGCUGCCUCCUCCUCCUCCUCCCUCCGUCCCCAAUUCCAACGGCACCAUGGUGACCGGCAACGCCGGCCAACCCUCCGGCUACGGAUGUUCUCCUGGGAGCCAGCUGGGAGCCGCCGGCGUCACCGCCUUAAGCCAGAGCCAGGGUGGGAACCACGCCCUGCCCCUCUCCGGCUCGCCCAUGGGCAGCCCCGGCAUCGCCCCCCCACCGCCGCCGCCGCAGUUCCUGUCCCCGCGCCACCGCCUCAGCCCCGGCCUGGUGCCGCGCUCCCGAGGGCCCGGCAACCCCUUCUCCCCCGCCGUGCCCUCCAUGCACUCGCCCGUGGGCAUGGCUGGCGGCGGGAAUGCCGCCGGCGCCGCCGGGAAUGCUCGCCCGUUCCCUGGCGGUGCUCCCGUGCCGGGGCUGCCGGAAGGGCCGGGAACGCCGGUGGGAUAUUCCACGCCGCCGCCGGUGCUGAGGCAGCUGAGCGGCUCUCAGAGCUCUCCCGGCCGCCUGGGCGGCAAAUCCGACGCCAAGGACAGCAAGGAGAUCGCCUCCAUCCUCAGCGAGAUGAUCCAGGUGGACGGUGGCGCUGGCGCUGGCGGUGCCGCCGGCGGGGAGGGCAAAGCGCUGGAUUCGGGAAUGCUGCACGCCGACGGCGACUCCAAGUGCUUGCAGGCCACCAGCCACAAGCUGGUGCAGCUCCUGGCCAGCACGGCGGAGCAGCAGCUCCGGCACGCCGCCGACGCCGACACCAGCUGCAAGGAAUCCCUGGUGACGCUGGGAACCGGGAGCGCCGCCGGCACCGGCACCACCGGCGGCACCGGCACCUGCCCGUCCUCCCACAGCUCCCUGACGGAGCGGCACAAGAUCCUGCACCGGCUGCUCCAGGAGGGAAGCCCGUCCGACCUCACCACGCUGGCCAUGGAGCACGAGAAGAAGGAGAGCGCUCCCGGCGCCGCUCCCGCACCGGCGACGGCUCCGGCGGCGGCACCGGCGGCUCCGACGGCGCCAGAAUCGGAGGCACUGAAGAAGAAGGACGUGAAGGACCACCAGCUGCUGAGGUACCUCCUGGACAAGGACGAGAAGGAGCUGGGGGCGGCGCCGGCGCUCAGCCUGGACGACGUGAAGGUGAAGGUGGAGAAGGCGGAGCCGGCGAUGGAUCCGUGCCACGCCGCGCCCGCCGCCGUUCCCAAGGCUCCGGCGGCGGCCGAGGAGGUCAAGAUGGAGACGCAGGGGCAGUUUGCUGCCGAGCUGGAGCAGCUGGAUCAGCUCCUGCCCUCGCUGGAAAAGGCGGCUCAGCUGCCGGGAAUGUGCGGCCCGGAGAGGAGCGAGGGCGGCGUGUCCGGAGUGUCCGGAGUGUCCGGAGUGUCCGGAGUGUCCGGAGUGCCGGUGAAGCCGGAGCUGUUGGCGGCGCCGCUCCAGCCCAGCACCGCGGCCAGAGCUCCCACGGGACUCACCCCGCUCAGUGGGGGGCAGGGUGUUCCGGCGGGCCGGGCUCCCUUCGAGUUCUGCGAUCCCAUGGAUCCCGCCCAGCUCCGGCCGGGGCCGUGUCCCGGGAAUACCGGGAGCCCCCAUGGCCGCGGGCCGGCCCAGCCGGGAAGAGGCACCGGGACGGCUCCCAAUCCCUUCCCUCCGGACACAGGAAUGCCGGAGCUGGAGCUGGGCGUCCCGGAUCCGCAGUUCGGUCCGUCGGGAAUGGGGGAGCCGAUUCCUUGGCCGGAGCCCCGCGGAGCGCUGAGCAAACCCGAGGAGCAGUGCAUCAGCUCCCAGCUGGAUGAGCUCCUGUGCCCUCCCACGACUCCGGAGGGCCGGAAUGAUGAGAAGGCGCUGCUGGAGCAACUUGUGUCCUUCCUGAGUGGGAAGGACGAGACGGAGCUGGCGGAGCUGGAUCGAGCCCUGGGAAUAGACAAACUGGUCCAGGGCGGCGGCCUGGAAGCGCUGUCGGAACGUUUCCAGCCCCCGGCGGGCACCGCUCCGCUCCUGCUGGAGCAGAAACCCGGAAUGUACCCCCAGCCUUACUCCUCCUCCUCCUCCUCCUCCGCCGCCUCUCCCGCCGGAGCCUUUCCCGGGAUGGCGCGGCCCAAGCCGUCCUUCGGAGCCGUGCCGGUGCCGCCGCCGCCGCCGCGCGGAGCAUUCCCGAAUUCCCUGGCGGUGCCGCCCCGGCAGAGCCUGAGCCGCCCGCCCCCGGCGCCCAACCAGCUCCGGCUGCAGCUCCAGCAGCGCCUGCAGGGCCAGCAGCAGCUGCUCCAUCAGAACCGCCAGGCCAUCCUCAACCAGUUCGCCGCCGGCGCUCCCGUCGGGAUCAACAUGCGGGCGGGAAUGCAGCAGCAGAUCACGCCCCAGCCUCCUCUGAACGCUCAGAUGCUGGCGCAGCGGCAGCGGGAGCUCUACAGCCAGCAGCACCGGCAGCGGCAGCUGAUGCAGCAGCGCGCCCUCCUCCUGCGCCAGCAGAGCUUCGGCAACGCUUCCGGAAUUCCGGUGCCCCUCGCAGGCGCCCGCUUGCCCCAGGCGCCCCCCCAGCAGUUCCCGUACCCGGUGCCCAGCUACGGCGCCGGCGCCGGCAACCCGCCCUCCGCCGGCGCCGCCGGACCGUUCUCCGGCGCCGAGGCGGCGGCGGCGCUGGCCGGGCGCCGCGGGAGCGCCGUGGGAGUGCAGUUCGGAGCCGGGAUGGUGGCGCCCGGGAUGCAGCAGAACGUCUUUCAGUAUUCCGGAGCAGGGCUGGCCCAGCAGAGCGAGUCCUUCGCGCCGGCGCUGAGCCCCGGCAGCCCCCUGGUGUCCCCCCAAAUCCCGCCGGCCCAGAGCCCGAUGCUGCCGCCGGCGCCGCCGGCACCCGGAUACCAGUCCCCCGACGUGAAGGGCUGGCAGCAAGGAGCCAUGGGGAAUAACAGCGUGUUCAGCCCGGCGGGAGCGGCUCCGGCGGCGCCGGCACAGCCGGGAAUGUACAACAACAUGAGCAUCACCGUGUCCAUGGCCGGCGGCGGCUCCGGCGUCCCCACCAUCAAUCCCAUGGGAGGGCAGGUGCCCGGGAUGAACCCCCUGCAGAUGCCCGGGAUGAAUUCCAUGUGCUCGGAGCAGGUCCCGGAUCCGGCGCUGAGACCAGCGGGGCUCUACUGCAACCAGCUCAACUCCAGCGAGCUGCUCAAGGCAGAGGCUGACGGGGCCCAGGUCAGUAAAGAUUCCCAAAAAAAUGGCUGGAGAUGGUGGAGAUUCCCCAAAAAAAUGGCUGGAGAUGGUGGAGAUUCCCCAAAAAAAUGGCUGGAGAUGGUGGAGAUUCCCCAAAAAAAUGGCUGGAGAUGGUGGAGAUUCCCCCAAAAAAAUGGCUGGAGAUGGUGGAGAUUCCCAAAAAAAUGGCUGGAGGGCCCCAGGAUGGUGGAGAUUCUCAAAACCAGUCCAACCAGCGUUGGGUGACACCCCUUGGGGUUGAGGCCACCACGGUCCCACCAGGGGUUGAAGCCACCACGGUCCCACCAGAGUUGGGUGAUGAUGAACCCUUGGGGUGAGUGACAACCAACCCUCGGGGUUGAAGCCACCACAGGUCCCAUGAGCGUUGGGUGACAACCAACCCUUGGGGUUGAAGCCACCACGGUCCCAUGAAUGUUCAGUGACACCCCUUGGGGUUGAAGCCUCCACAGUCCCACCAGAGUUGGGUGACGACCAACCCUUGGGGUUGAGGCCACCACAGUCCCACCACCACUGGGUGACGACCAACCCUUGGGGUUAAAGCCACUGUGGUCCCACCACCAUUGGGUGACACCACUUGGGGUUGAGGCCACCACGGUCCCACCAGGGGUUGAAGCCACCACGGUGCCAUGAAUGUUUAGUGACACCCCUUGGGGUUGAGGCCACCACAGUCCCACCAGUGUUGGGUGAUGAUGAGCCCUUGUCGUGGGUGACAACCAACCCUUGGGGUUGAAGCCACCACGGUCCCACCACCACUGGGUGAUGACCAACCCUUGGGGUUGAAGCCACCACGGUCCCAUCAGGGGUUGAAGCCACCACGGUCCCAUGAAUGUUUAGUGACACCCCUUGGGGUUGAAGCCUCCACAGUCCCACCAGAGUUGGGUGAAGACCAACCUUUGGGGUUAAAGCCACCGUGGUCCAACCAGCAUUGGGUGACACCCCUUGGGGUUGAGGCCACCACAGUCCCACCAGGGGUUGAAGCCACCGUGGUCCAACCAGCAUUGGGUGACACCACUGUGGGUUGAAGCCACCACGGUCCCACCAGUGUUGGGUGACAACCAACCCUUGGGGUUGAAGCCACCACAGGUCCCACCAGAGUUGGGUGACAUCUCUUGGGGUUGAAGCCACCACAGUCCCACUAAUGUUGAGUGACACCCCUUGCGGUUGAACCCACCGUGGUCCAACCAGCGUUGGGUGACACCCCUUGGGGUUGAAGCCACCAUGGUCCCACCAGUGUUGAGUGACACCCCUUGGGGUUGAAGCCACCACGGUCCCACCAAUGUUGAGUGACAACCAACCCUUGGGGUUGAAGCCUCCAUGGUCCCACGAGCAUUGGGUGACACCCCUUGGGGUUGAAGCCACCACAGUCCCACCACCAUUGGGUGACAAUCAACCCUCAGAGUUGAAGCCUCCAUGGUCCCACCAGUGUUGAGGGACAACCCUUGGGGUUGAAGCCACCAAGGUCCAACCAGUGUUGGGUGACAGCCCUUGGGGUUGAGGCCACCACAGUCCCACCAGGGGUUGAAGCCACCACGGUCCCACCAGUGUUGGGUGACACCCCUUGGGUGUCACCUUGGGGUUGAAGCCACCACAGUCCCACCAAUGUUGAGUGACAACCAACCCUUGGGGUUGAAGCCACCGUGGUCCCACCAGUGUUCGGUGACACCUUUUGGGGUUGAAGCCUCCACGGUCCCACCGCAGUUGGGUGACACCUUUUGGGGUUGAAGCCACCACGGUCCCACCGGUGUUCGGUGAGGACCAACCCUUGGGGUUGGAGCCACCACGGUCCCACCAGUGCCAGGUGACAUCUGUUGGGGUCAAGGCCACCGCGGUCCCUCCAGAGUUGGGUGACACCCCUUGGGGUUGAGGCCACCACGAUCCCAGCAGCACAGGGGAUGACCAACCC